AUGUCUUUGGUCAGAUCGAAUAAGAAAAAGGAAUCAUUGAGUAUGAUGGGAGGUUCUCUCAGACUUCAACAUAAUAAUGAUCAAUCACGCCUUAUUCACUUUCAGGGAUCGAUUCGACCUCGCCCAACUCUGUUUGAUGAAUCCAUUUUGGGUCUCCAACCAGAUGAUCGUGGUGGUGGAUG